UUUAAAUCCCGCAGUGUAGAGUGUCGGGUCUGAGACACACACACACACAGCUGGAGAGGCUGGUUUACAUAAACACACACUUCCGGAGUGAAAUAGUGAAUAGAGAAGCGGAAGUGGUGAAGAGUGCACGAGCGCCUGUUCUGAAGGUAAUGAAGAAAGAGAAGAGCCCCACCCUGCACGCGCUCACUGCUCACUUCCGGGAUCCCAGGCUAGAAGAGUGUCUGCUUUGUUUGGUUUGAUCAGAGGAGAACUGUUUGACCCGAAGCCCCAUGCCUCUCACCAGUCCGUUACCCAUCAUCCCUUUCAACUAACUGGCGUUCAAAUCCACACACCACAAACCUCACACUCAAUCACACACCACCUUCCCUCCUCGAUCCCUGCCUCAGCCUGUCCUCUGGGAGAGUGAGAUCCAACAUGGCCACUUCCACCAUGACAGGGGGUUUCAGUGAAACAUGCCCUAAUUAUACAGUUGACUAUUACUACAACCAGUCCAACAAGGUUAUCGCCACCUACUGGCGUAAAAGGGAUUAUGCCGUAGUGACUCUGGGACUGACUGUGUGCUGCUUCAUCAUUUUGGCGAACAUCCUGGUUAUAACAGCCAUCAUUAUAAACCGACGCUUCCAUUACCCCAUCUACUACCUGCUGGGGAACUUGGCGGCAGCUGACCUGUUUGCUGGGAUCUCCUACCUGAACCUGAUGUUCCACACUGGGCCCUGGACCAGUAAACUCACUGUGCCCCAGUGGUUCCUCAGACAGGGUCUGAUCGAUACAAGUUUGACUGCAUCGGUCAUUAACCUGAUGGCCAUCGCUCUGGAGAGACACCAGACCAUCUUCACCAUGCAGCUCCACAGUCAGAUGACCAACGUACGGGUGAUCUUGCUGAUUAUGGGCAUCUGGACAAUCGCUGUGAUCAUGGGUCUGAUCCCCACCAUGGGCUGGAAUUGCCUGUGUGAAACGGGGCAGUGCCCGUGUAACACAGUGCCCUGCUCUACGAUGGCGCCCAUGUACAGCCGCAGCUACUUGGUGUUCUGGGCCGUGCUCAACCUGCUGUCCUUCAGUAUCACGGUGCUAGUCUAUACCCGAAUCUUCCUCUACGUCCGGCACAAGUGCCAGCGCAUGAGCCAGUAUGCGUCACAGAACAAGCACAAAGAGACCGUGGAGAACCUGAUGAGGACGGUUUUUCUCAUUCUGGGGUGUUUUGUGGUGUGUUGGACUCCGGGUCUGGUGCUGCUGCUGCUUGACGGUGUGGACUGUGACUGCCAGGUGCUCCGAAUGGAGAAGUUCUUCUUGGUCCUGGCUGAGGUCAAUUCCCUGAUAAACCCCAUCAUCUACUCGUACCGUGAUCAGGACAUGCGGCGCACGUUUAAGCGCAUCCUGUGCUAUGUGUGUUUCCGGCAUGGACAGGGAGGCCAGCACACCGACGUCCACUUCAACGCGCUCAACCAAGAGAGAAGGCCACCAGAGUUGGAGGACUCGUGGGUCACGUGUAAAUUAACCUGUGUUUCAUCCUCUUCUGUGGGUGAAAAUCAGACUGAUUGAACUUUUGAUGAUCAGAUUUAUACAUGUGUAUAUUUUGGUUGUUUUUCUGUGUGCUUUUUUUUUUUUUUUUUCCCCUGUAGUCCUUUGAGUGUACACGUGUUGGUUUGCUGUUUAUUAUCCAUAAAACCAAAAAUGCUAAAUAAUUAAAACCAACUUGAUUUAAAAAGCACAUUAGCGUUAAAUAAGUGUAAUCCUCAGUCCAGGUUUGGCGUAACGUAGCGUCUGUCCACGUUCUGAUGAUGGUCAUGUGCAGAUAACUGUCUUUAUGAUUUAUUCAUUUCGGCGUUGAUGCUCGAUGUGUGAAUGUGACUUGAUGCUAGAAUAGAUUUAACUUGUUGAAUAUCAUCAGCUGCUGUUGCGUUUAACUCCAUUAUUACAGUAACUGGAAAUGACGACUAUUUAAAUCACAUUUCCCCCUCUAUUUCUCAUUGGUGAGUUUGUUCCUUUUUUAAACUUGGUUCCUCGGUUUUCUCUGCUCAUAUAGUCAUGGCCAGUUCCCACCCACCUGCUGCAGGUCCUCGUUAGAUGACCGCGCCCACCCCGGGAGGGUGAAGGGCAUUGUGUGCUUCCUCUGAGAUGCGUGAAGCCACCCGUAUGUUUACGAACUGCUGCAUCACAGGGUGGCGUAACACACUUAAAGGAAUGUGCGAUCCAUCCUCUUCCACAUGUGCAAACUCUGAGACUCCUCCGAUUGGCUAGUGUAGUUGUGAUUGACGGGGGGAGAGAGAGAGCGAGAGAGAGAGAAUGCCCCUUCUACAUCAAGAUUAGUGCGUUUGAGAGAAUUUUGCUGAACUCACUAAUGUAAACAUUGAACAUUUUUUCAUCAUUUUUACAGUUUUGGGUCUUUUCUUUGCAAAUCCUCUGAAACGAAACAUCGAUGCACAUCGUAUAAAUGCCAGAGUCUCGCGAUAUCCCCUGAGCAAUCCCAUAACGUUAUGAUGAACCUAAUGUUUGCUGUGCAGUCAGUUUCAGACCACAACAUCGUGAAAAGAUUGUAAACUCUGAUUUCACUCGUGAUGCCUUCAGGUCCCCAUAAUGUAGGUAUUUUGUUCUGGUCCUCAUAACGCAAUAAAAACGAAAAGGCACAAAUCUCCCGCUGUUAAACAGUCAGAUUUAUUUCACUAAUCAAUAAGUUAACAAAUGAAAGUUAACACACCCCUGAAGAUUCCUGCAGGUCUUUAUUCUGCAAAAUAAUCUCGAGCUGAUGAGCGUGUUUAACUUUUGGUUGCUUUUUAAUUUUUAUAACGUACCAACUACCCCACCCUCCCAUAUUCAUUUGCAAUAUUAUAUGAGCGCCACAUUGUUUACAUUUCCGUGCUCAUAUUGAUGGAAUUUCCUCGACCUGAACUCUCACUCUGUAUUUCUUCAAGAUGACUUUUAGAAGAAGUGGACACGCAAACUAAUAUCGCGGCACUAUUCGAUUGUUGAACCAGUUAUCAGCACAUGGCUAUGAUAUGAAUGUAGCAGGAGGACUGUGUGCGCGCAGCUAGCUGACUCUUGGCGUAGCACUGUUUAGAAUACGUGUAGCCUCUGUUCUCAGUUCUCUGGUUGUAUUGAACAGAUGUGUGUCGGUCCCGGAGUGUGUGAUGUGUGUUGCACGGUGGUCGCUAUGUGACUCAGGUGUGUGUACAUUAAUCACUUAAAUAUUUACACAGCCUUCCUUCAGUGCACGGGUGGAAGCAUUCAGUGUCACACAAACCGGGGGUGAAUUAUUGUUGUUUUGCUGACUAGCCACUGUUUGUUUCUCUCUCUCUCUCUCUCUCUCACACACACACACACACACACACACACACACACACACACACACACACACACCGUUGCACUACUGCAUCAGCUUCCUGCAUCAGUGUUUUUGCUUCCUGUUUCCUGUCGGAUUUGUGUGUUUGUGAUCCCUCAGUGUGUCUUCCUGAGCAGCCACCAUCUUGCGUACACAGCUAUAUUAUGAAUGCUUUAUAUUUUUACUCCUGUGUGUUCUGUUUGUUUUCCUGGAGCUUUUAUUGGAUUAUUUUUGUAUUUUGAUGGAUUUUUCUGCUCCAGAUAUAUUUUUAUGAUUUAUUGUCAGAAAUAAACUCACUGGAACCA